AUGUCGACGCCAAAACGCAAAAGAGUCGUUAUUUCUCUUCAAAAAAAGUUGGAGGCACUAGAGAGAAUACGUAAAGGUGAAUCAUUGAAGAAAUUAGCAUCUGAAUUAGGAGUUGGAGAAAACACAGUUGGUGAUUGGAAGCGAAACCGCAAUAAACUAGAGCAGUGGAAGGAGAAAACAUCAUCAACCGGGACAUCAUCGCUAAUUGAACGAAAAUCCAUGAAAUCAAGUGACUAUGAAAAAUUGGGAGAUGCGUUAUUUUUAUGGUUUACACAACAGCGUGAUAAGGGAGCUCCGUUCUCUGGACCAAUUCUACAAGCGAAAGCAUUAUCACUGCGCACUCUUUUCCCGGAGGAAACGAAACAAUUCACAGCAAGCCAAAGCUGGCUCGAUAGAUGGAAAAAGAGGCAUGAUAUACUUCAGCCCAAUAUUUGUGGUGAGAAGCUAUCUGCAGACAACUCUGCCCCAGCCAAAACCCUAGCAUCACAACAAGAAACAUCAGCUCCUGGUUACAAACGUAGCAAAGAAAGGGUAACAAUUUUAGCAUGCAGCAAUGCUUCUGGUAGUCACAAAUUGCCCCUCAUGAUGAUUGGAAAAUCUGCCAAGCCUAGAGCUUUUAAAAAUCUUUCACCAACAGCCAUGCCCGUUUACUAUAGAAACCAAAGAAGUGCAUGGAUGGAUUCAAAACUCUUCAAAGCAUGGUUCUAUGAAGAAUUUGUUACUCAAGUGGAGCAACAUUUGAAAAAAAUGAAACUGUCUAGAAAAGCAUUACUGCUACUGGACAAUGCUCCAUCGCAUCCAAGUGAAGAUGAGUUAUGUAGCGAGGACAUCAAAGUGCUUUUUUUUCCGCCAAACGUUACAUCAUUGAUCCAACCAAUGGAUCAAGGAGUAUUGGAAAAUCUAAAGCGCAACUACAGAUUUUGCCUAUUAAAAUCGUUUUUGGAAGCGUUAGAAAAUGGUGAGGACUUAACGACUCAUUUAAAAAAGGUGAAUCUUAAGGACGUGAUGUUUUGGCUAGCCCAAUCGUGGCAUGAAAUGAAACCUGAAACUUUGAUGAAGUCAUGGCGCAAAACUGUCGAUUUUUCGAAAGACAAUCUCUCUGUUGAGGCACCUGUACUCCCGUUGCUUGAGAUGGCGAGGUCACUACCGAGUGAGGACCCCUUAACAGAAAAUGAUGUCGAAGAGUGGAUCAGAGGAGAUGAUGUGGAAUUGGAUUACACUGAUGAAGAGAUUGCGUCAAUCGUUCAAGAACGCCAACGCAUUGAAGAAUCAAGUUCUGAUGAAGAAAUAAUUUUUCAGAAACUUUCUCAUUCGGAAGAUUUAGCUGCAUUUGAAACUGCCUUAGCUCAUGUGGAGCAGCAAAACGAAGCAACGCCAGCAGACAUUUUUCUCAUGAAAAAAUGGAGACAUUGCUCAUUAGAUGUUACUGAGUACGGGUGGCUACUUGAGGAAAGUUCUCUUUCAUUCGAAUGGUUUGACGGUGAAGAACUCCCAGAAACCAUUGGUGAUAUACUUUUAAAUGAUGAAGAUGAAGCUUUAAAUGAUGAAGAGGCCAAUGAUGAUCAGAAGCCAGUGAAUCUGCUCGUUACAACAACAUGA